CAUUUGUUGCACUUGACUCGGUUCCGGAUACAAUUGCCCGGCUAUUUCCUGCCCCAGUCUCGCCCAAGCACUCACGCACCAAGAUGUCCGAACAAGUGGAGGCCCCCAGGACGAUAAAGUUUCAGACCGCUGGCUUUGAUGCCCGCUUCCCAAACACAAACCAGUCGAAGCAUUGUUUCCAGAACUACAUCGAUUAUCACAAGUGUAUCACCGCCAAGGGUGAGGAUUUCAAGCCUUGCAAGCAGUUCAAGCGUGCAUACAACUCGCUAUGCCCGAACGAAUGGGUUACUCGCUUCGACGAGCAACGCGAAGCAGGUGCUUUCCCCACUUCCCUGGAGCCUUAGAUAGUUUUUCACUAAAGAUAUGUAACACAUACUUAUGAAUCACAAGAUUUUCUGGACUGCAAGUG